UGAGAGAGAGAGAGAGAGAGAGAGAGAGAGAGAGGGAGAGGGAGAGAGAGAGAGAGAAGAAGCAGCAGUCGUGCUUUUUGCUGCUAUUCUCACGGUAGUGCUGUAACUGGCAGGAGGAGCUGUCCGCGCGCCGUGGUGCUGAAACCGAAAUCCAACGCGUUUUUAAAAGCAAGGGUGAACAAACACCUCUUCAUCGUCAAUAUGAGACGAACAGAACGCCACUUAUUGAAGGAAACGGAAUAAAAACAAGCUCCUUUUUUAUCAGUUUCAUCCCAAGCUUUCUUUCCGUGCAUUCCGAAGCAUUUUGGUUGAAUACUGUAGUGGAUAACCCUGCAGGACCACAGUGCAAGGUGGUGUUUUUUCCAGCUUUACCAGCUUUUCUUUUUGGUAUCAUUCCUGAUGGUGCCAUUCCAUACAACUGUUCCAUAUUCAGUACUCAGCUCUGGUGGUGGUGGUCUUCUUAUUUGUCCUUUUCUUUUGCAUCAUUUUCAUUGGGUUCAAUGGAAAAAUGACUAGGGGUUGAGAAGUUAAAAAAUAAAAUAAAAAAUGUUAAAUAAGGAGGAUAACAUCACUACAACUACUGCGUGACCCAGAUAACGCCACGUAAGGUUACGAGCACACGUUUAACCCUUCUCUGCCACCUUGUGCCCCCUGGAAAUCCUUGGUAACCCCUUGGAAACCACUGGAAACCCUUGGAAACCACUGGAAACCCUUGGAAACCCCUGGAAACCUACCCAUGGAAGAAGCGGCAGCUGCAGCAUCCGCAGCAUCAGCAGCUUCAGCAGCCGCAGCCUCAGCAUCCCGCAUGCGGGGAGCUCGUUAGUGCGCGGGACCGGCCGCAGGAUGCAGUCGGGGACGCGGGCAGUCUGCGCCGGAGGUGGCGCCUCGCUCUGUUGCCUGCUCCUGCUCUGGCUCAUCUACACUCACCUGCUCAGAGAAGGUCAGCUGGCGGUUGGCACGUGUGAGAUUGUGAUGUUGAACAGAGACAGCAGUCAGCCUAAGCGCACCAUCGCCAGGCAGACCGCCCGCUGCGCCUGCCGGAGAGGGCAGAUCGCGGGCACCACGCGGGCGCGGCCGGCAUGUGUGGACGCGAGGAUAGUGAAGAGCAGGCAGUGGUGUGAGAUGACCCCGUGUUCAGAGGGAGAGAUCUGUGGGCUGCUGUUCAACCACUCCGGCUGGACCUGCACUAAAGGAGGAGGACGGAUAAAAACUGUCACGCCAUUGCCAAAGGAGCCAUCUUAAAGGACAUCAGCUGAGAGGAGGUCUAUUGACAUUCAUGGAAACAUUGCAGACCAGAAGUCAUUCAUCAAACCAACACAUCCUCUCAUCCUGGAGCUAAAACAACAACUCAACUCAACUCAACUCCGCACCAAUCAGAAUUACAACCAAUUGCACCAGUUUCAAAUUCAGCCCAACCUCAGCUCAACUUCAACCAACCUCCAACUCCAUCCCCAGCCUCAAACUCCAAACUCCAAACCCCAAACCAAACCAGGAACCAGCAGCACCUUCAGGCGAUUGGUCAUCCUCAGCGAACAGUCGGUGGUCAUCGUUGAGUGAACUGGAAUGAGGUCGUGAUCCAGAACAUCUCCACAAUCCAGAACCUCCACUUGACUUGAGACGCUCUGGAGAUUCGCUUUUGGACUCCAUUCGCCUGGAUUGCAAUUGCAGGACUCGAAACACAAGAAGAAGAAGAAAAAAAGCUCAUCCGAAAAGACU